AGCAAACACGAAGCAAUUGGUCCGAAUUAAUAUUGGCCUGCAGAGUAAAUUAAACUAUGUACAACGGGGAUGCCAUUUCCCCAGCCAGACACCCCGCAAAGCUGACCAAUCUUUGAGGCGGAGAUUGUAUCGAGAGAAGUCCUAGAAGGAGGGGCAGCCAGUGCAAGUGCAAGGAGGAGCUUGCGCGGCGCCUGGCCCGCCCCUGUGCGGGGCUCUUGACGUUGGCGCAGAAAGAUGGCUGCGGCUGCCCAUGCUGGAAACGGGAGGCGGCUGCUCCUGCAGUUACUGCGAAAAGAGGAACGUUCACUGUCUAGCCCCGUCGUUGUCGUGGUUCCCUGCCGGUAUCGACACCAGAAGAAGAAAUGGGCAACCAGCAUUCCCCGGAUCUCUGCCACGAGGCGUGCUCUGCAGAACUUUGACAUGACGUACAGUGUGCAGUUUGGCAGCCUCUGGCCCUCAAUCCGCAUCGGCCUUCUCUCAGAGAGGAAGUAUGGCGCUCUUUUGAACAAUUUCUCUGAUCUAGAGCAAGUCACCCAGCAGCUGGAACAACUGAAUGCCAUGGAUUUCAUUCGGGAAUCUCAAAAAGACACACAGAAUCUUGAUUCCACAGCACAGCAAGAGACCAGUGAACCAACUAUGUCCCCAGAAACAAAGAAUGAACUUUCUGAGCCUCAAACACAGCCCCUUCCCUCUCUUUCUAGAGCCAUCAGUCCCAACAUCAGAUGUUACACGUUCCCAAAAGGAGACAUCAGCCUCUUCCGUCCAGCUAGGCCAGACAUACUAGGAAUCCUUGGCUACUAUCUUCUGGAUGCUGCAUCAGUCUUGCCUGUCUUGGCUCUCAAUGUACAGCCUGGUGACCUCGUCCUUGACCUUUGUGCUGCACCCGGUGGGAAGAUGUUGGCUCUUCUCCAGACAGGAUGUUGUCGACAGCUGGCAGCCAAUGAUCUGUCUACAUCUCGCACUGGCCGGCUGCGUGAGGUCCUCCGCAGCUACCUUCCCAAAGAGCUCCACAAUGUAGUACGGAUCUCAUCAUGGGAUGGAAGGAAAUGGGGUGACUUGGAGGUGAACACUUUUCAUAAGGUGCUCGUAGAUGUGCCAUGCACAACUGAUCGGCAUGCAGUCAUGGAAGAAGAUAACAACAUAUUCAUGCAGAUGAGAAAGGGGGAGCGUCAGAUGUUGCCGAAGCUCCAGCUGGAGCUGCUUGUGGCAGGAAUCUUGGCUGCUAAGCCAGGCGGGGAGGUGGUCUACUCGACGUGUACCUUGUCCCAGCUCCAGAAUGAGUAUGUGGUUGAGAGAGCUGUGGAGUUACUAGCAGUCCAGUAUAACCUCAGGGUCCAGGUUGAAGACCUGAGCUAUUUCCGAAGGGUGUUCCGGGACUCGUUUUCUUUCUUUCCUGACUGCAGACUCGGGGAGCUUGUCAUUCCCCAUCUCACAGCCAAUUUUGGACCCAUGUAUUUUUGCAAAUUGCGUAAGUUGGAAUAGAAUGGGCAGAGCACAGCAUGGAGGGAGAGGAGAUUCUAACCAGCUGUGCCCUGACACCUCUCUUCUGUAGCCUGCAGUUGAAUUUAGAAGAAAAGGUGAAUAUCUUGCUUUAUUGACUUCACAUCAAUAUUGUUUACAUGUUAACCAGUGCCUGUGGUUGGCCCAAAGCUCCCCCUUCCCUGUGCAGACAAUCUGUGUGGAGGGGAUAAAUGUUUACAUGUCUCUGCCUGCCUGCAUCAUGUGGCCCAGCAGCAGCUGAUGCUGCCCUAUGAAUGCUGCAUACCUUAGAGGAGGUUUGCUGUGUGGGUCACUUGCAUGGCAAAGGGGUUUUCAGCAACAACCACCAUGAGUUGAGAAUAAGAUGUAUGUUGGUAUUCAGAGAUGUCCCAAGAAGAAUGCAGUGCCAAAAGCACUCAAUAAAAAUGUGGAAAAAAUGGUGAAUCAUCUUCAUCUUGCGCACAGUGCUUCACUGUUUCCCCCCUAAAUGUGCUUUCAUGGAUUAAGCUAAUUACCUAAGCCAGUAACCUACUGCUUUUCUUUUAACUUUAAGGGCUGAUUACCUGGAUAGGGGCUGGCCAAGGGUUCUCAAACCUUGGUUCCUAGAUGUUCUUUGAUUACAACUUCUAUCAUCCCUAGCAGCAGUGGCCGAAGGGGCCCCCGAAUUUGAGAACGCUUGCAUUAGGCAUCAAUAAACAGUGAAUUCUGCCUCUGUGGUAGGAAGAACAUUUUCCUGACCAGCUGGGAGGGUUUUGUUUUCAGAUAUCUCUUGAGAAAUGCGCAUUUCACUGCUGUGUAGUGUGAGUGGGUUGUUUCAGUUAAAGGGCUUCUCCAUGAAAUAGUACUAAAAUAUUUCAUCAUGUCAGAAUUAAAGAUGAGGCACUGAUGCACACUAGAAAUGCUACCAACCUGGUUAAUAAGUGUGUGUGUGUGCUAAUAACAUGAAGGCUAUGUUGAUCUCUUAAUAGGAAAGCACAACACCAGGGAAGAAAAGGUUGUAUCCACAGCAAUGUCCUUUACAAAUCUUUCUUUAGUAGCCCUUUAAAGGACCUGAUGUAUUCCAAGAGUUAACACUGAUUUAACCUUCAGUCCUUAAUCCUGGUUUAUUUAGAGCUUGCAAAUCUUUAUUCUACAGAAGUUUCCUGAAGGUAUUCAUGCUUCGUGAAUCUUCCUGUCCUACCAUUCUUGCAAUAAAUGUACCAUUUUCUAGCUGCUAUCUUGUGUGUGUCAGCACCUGGUGAAGGGAGAGGUCUCACAGGGUGUGUGUAUGCCUUGCAGUGUUCCUCUUCACUGUAUUGCUUGAAUGUCCAUGUUUCCUAAAUGUUUGCCAAACUUCUACAAAAAGUAAGCACCUGAUCCAUAUCAUAUGGGCCUAACUUCAUUUUGGGUAGCAUAUGUUAAUUUGUGUGUUUUCCUUAUAAGACCAUCAAGUGAUUGUCCUUCUUUUAAGACCUUUAAAAUGUAUGAGAUACAGAUGCUAUGAGCCAAAGGUUCUAGCUGCAAAAUGGAAACGUCAGCAGUGGCCUCUUGAACCACCAUCUGGUGCAUGAUGCGUUAAGGCCUUAAUGCCACUGCACCAUAAAACCCUUACCUGAAUACUUCUUUUUCAAUUUAUGAAACACUCCUUAAAAGUAAAGCUGGACUUAACACUAACAGAAGAGUCUCGUGGCAUCUUAAAGACUAUCAGAUUUUUUGUUGUAUAAGCUAUAGUCCAAGGAAACCUAUGCCACCAUAUAAAUGUAGAAAUAAAAAAAUAAAUAAAAAUAACACUAUUAGUCUAAGGACUGGGAAAGGAGAGGCUGCAUUAUUUUGCUUCUCUAAGCUCAGAAGUCACACAGGAUUUGCCUGUGCAGGAAUGCAAGGAAGCAGAAGUUUGGUUUUUUAGCUUUGUAUUGGCAGAUUCUGUCCCCUCAGCCUUUUGACACUUUAUGAAUUGAAUUUUUUCUGACUGUUCUUUAGAUCCAAGUAUUCCUUACGAUAUCCAUCCAGAUGGAUAAGUUAUAUACCUGUUUGAAAUGGCAGGGGGUGGGGGCGGUCGGUCCAUAAUAUUUUUCAAAACAGCAACAAAGCUAUCUUUUUCCUACCCCUUCUCCCCUGCCAAACAGAAGAUUUGUUUCUUUUAGUUCAUCAGUGCUUGAGAGCAUAUUGGGCUGCUAACAUUGGAUCCCUGCUAGCAUUAUUUUAAGACUAUUGUCUCAUACACAUUUGGGAGUGUGGCCCACUGAAGUCAGUGGCAGAAUUGUGAAUAAAUAUGCAUUGGAAAGGACUGGGCAUCUAAUAAUAAAGUGUUUUUAAAAGACUUGUUAUCUGGAAAAGUC